AACAGAACACACGGAGCUGCACAGUGGCACAGAGCUUCCCCAAUUAAGCAAAGAAAAAAGUUCGUAGAAUCUCUCCGUGCAAGAACUUCAGAAGACAAAAAAAUGGAUGCCGAAACCGAACAAAAGAUCGAAAAAACGGUGCGUGGAAUACUGGAAAAAUCGGACAUGGACGAGAUGACAGAGUUCAAGAUUCGAAAGCGGGCCUCUGAAGUGCUCGACCUAGACCUCUCUAAACCCCCCUACAAGGCGCUCGUCAAACGGGUCGUCCAGUCCUUCCUCGAAGAGCAAAAUCAAAAGGAACAACAACAACAAGAAGUAGAAGAAGAUGAAAACCCGAAAAUUGGUGAUGCCCAGGACCAGGAGUAUGAUGAUAAUGGCGAUCUCGUCAUUUGCAGGCUUUCAUCGAAGAGGAAGGUGACACUUCAAGAAUUCAGAGGGAAAUCAUUGGUGUCUAUAAGGGAGUUUUAUAGUAAAGAUGGCAAAGAGCUUCCUACUACCAAAGGAAUAAGUUUGACAGAGGAGCAAUGGGCAGUCUUCAAGAAGAAUGUACCUGCUAUAGAGAACGCCAUCAGUAAAAUGGAGUCAAGGAUCUGAAAAUUUCGGAAUGUCUUAUCCUUUUCAACCUCCAUUACCUUGUCGAUUGUACUGGCUUCAGCUUUAGGGCUUCAUAUUGGUCUCUUGAUGGCAGAAUAUUUUCUUUGGAGCUUGAAAACUGCUGUGAUGUUUCUAAUUAGCCCUUAAUGUUAGAAGUCAACUUGUUGUGUUAUCUGUUACAAAUUAACACGUUCAUACGAGAUGUUGUCAUAUUCAGUUUUUAGAAGGAAACAAAUAAAAUAGAAAUGGAUGAUCCUUAAUCCUUCA